UCAUAGUUGUCACAAAGCCAUUAGUUCAUUAACAUUGUGUAUAUAUAUUGUAUAUUGUAAGUGUGUAUAGUGGAAGGGACAACUUUAUUUAACUACAGACCUUUCUAAUUCAUUUGUAAAAAGCACAAAACAUGGUCUGUUCAAAUGGUAAUUAUUUUUAAAGUCAAAACAACACACUUUUAUUAUAACCUCCUCCCCCUUUUUUUUAUAAUGUGAAUGAUUCCCAAGAAUUCAAUUGAAAAUAAUGAAAAAAUCAAGGGAAGAAGAAAAAAAGCCAAAGAAGUCAACAGGCAAUACACAAUGUCGCCAAGGAAGUUCUGCCACUUCAGGUCAAGAAUCAAAAGCAAAAGUUACUAAAACACUAAAAAAGAAGGACAAAUGUGAUGAAGAUUACCACAGCAUCGAAGAAAAAAAUUUAGAGAAACAUUUUUUGCAGUCGUUAGAGAUGUGCAAUUUGGCAUACAGUGAUAUUUUCCCAUACUUCUUUGAAGAAGUCAAUCAAACAUUGGAUUGUGAUGAAGAAGGGAGUGACACAUUGUAUACCUGCCCAGAAAUCAGUGAUGACAUUUUACCAAAAAGAGAAUGGCAGCAGAAAAUUAUGCAUGAAUACAUUACGGUGGUUCUUGAAUCGGAUCCUAUAUUAGCAUCCGUUCUACUAGUGAGGUUGUUGAAUCCUCAGGAAAAAUCAGACGAAUGUUUUUCUAUAAUAACAAGGUACUUGAAAAAUAUCAUUGAAAACCCGCAAAAUGAUAGGUACAGGCGUAUCAGAUACCAGAAUCCAAUAAUCAUUAGUAAAGUCUUAGAGACGAAAGGAGCUCUUAUGUUUCUCUUAAUUAUCGGAUUUGAAAUAGACGUUGAUAAAGAUGAGCUCACUGAAACAUUUCUUUCUUUUAAUGAAAACCACCUUCACUUGGCGGGAGUUAUUAAGUUGAUAAGCGAUGUCAAAGGAUUUCAACUGAUUGCCGUUGAAGAUUAUGAUGAAAAAGAUAAAAACGAGAGCCAUACCGCCAGUGACGGUAGUCGCGAAGAUGAGGCUUUCUAUAAACUAACGUCAAAGGAUUUGAAGAAGAACCAAGCGUUGAGAGUCCUGGAAAUUGAAAAAGAAAGCCAGCUUAGGACUAAGAGUAUGAGAGAAAAAGAGAAGAGAACAGUACCAAAAUCGAAAGUAACGAAAAUAAGAAUAAGAACUCCAGAUGGUAAAUUGGUAGAAUCCACAUUUGAAAUAAGUGACAAGUUGCUUAAAGUUUAUGAUUUCAUAGAAGAAAAUUUGUCCAAUGGAAAGAGAUUCACUGUUUUGGUUCCUCCAGCAACUCCUUUCAAAGAUAGUGAUAAAGAUAGAACUCUCGUUGACUUGCAACUCUAUCCUGCCGUUUUACUAACACUGAAAUGGAUUCCAGUUGAAAAUACAGUAACUAAAGGAAAGAAAGUAAAAAAAUAAACAAAAUUGAUAAUUUUUUUUAAUCGUGAAUGAGCAUAUGUUCAACUUAGUUAUAGUUGUGUAAGUGUUUGAUAUUAUGCAUUACAUUUUCUUACAUAGUGUAUAUGAAACAAAUAACAAUUCUAGAACAUAAACAGUAGAACAUGAAAUCCAGAUAUUAUAAUAAAAUUCAUGCAGAAAGGUACAUAUUCACGUUGGGUACCAGUUCCACAUAACUACAACAAGAUGGCAGCUUGUUACAAGAUCAUCCAGAGCACGUAAUUCCUAGGUUCCUGAGGAAAUCCAAAAAUAGCCGAGGGUAAUUGUGUACAAGUGUCCUUCCACAUUGAAGAGUGGGCCAAGAUCUCACAAUCACGAAAUAAAUGGGAUUCCGAUAGUGGCCAAGAAAUGACGUCAUGUUCACGGUAUAACGUCCCUUUAUACAGAGCACGAUAUCCGAAUUCCUCAAAACUCCCAACUGUUCCUUAUUAGUAAAAAUUGGGACCUUUAAUAGCUUUAAUUCCAUCGCUGCUUUCGAAACCCGCUCUACGCUAGCUCAAAAGGGAUAAACAAAUCCCCAAGGGUCCUUUUAAGUUUAGGGGAAGAAGCCUUACCAAACAGUUGGUCACCUUCGGAACACACUCGGCUAUUCUCGGAAUCCUAUUUAUAGCUUGAUCUUAAGAUCUUGGCCUACUGGUUAAAGUGAAUUGACACUUGUACAGUAGUACCUAGCUGAGUGUGACAAAGCUGAUUAGAUUAAGCGAGAGAGCUGCUUUUGAAGUGUUCAUGUAGAUUUUUUAAGGUUAUAUUUCUCCAUUUCUAAUAAAAAUUUAUUAGCUAAUAAAUCAUCAUACCGGCCUAAUUAAAAUGAACCUAUUGAAAUUUAAAUAUUUCUUAUAGGUUCGUACGUAUAAAUGCGAAAAGUACUAAAUGUGUAUAAAAAAAUUACAAAAUUUAAAUAAGACUUUCAGAAUUAAAUUUGAACACCCACUGAUAGAUGUAAAUAAAAUACUUAUUAUGAU